AUGAGUCCCCCUGCCGCCCUCGAUGUCAACCUUGUAGGAGUGACCGAUACUUCGACUGUCCCUAUCCCGGACCCUCUGGCUGUCAAUGGCGUCUCCGCGUGGAGAGCUAAGACAGCCAACAUUCCGACUGGCAUCGCGGCUGCAUGCAACAGUGAUAUGUUCAAGAGUCCGGUCUGCUAUACUAAGCCCAAGGCCAAACGUUUUGAUCACCGAUUCUCCGUUGAAGCCAAGUCUCGCAAGGCGUCCACUUUGAAGACAGCAGCUCGUUUCCUUAAGAACCCAGGCCUCAUCUCUCUCGGUGGUGGAUUGCCCUCCGCUGAAUACUUCCCAUUCGAGCACCUCGAUAUCAAGGUUCCCACCGCUCCAGGAUUCACACCCGAAGAGACCAAGAAGUCCGGUACCGUGCUGCGUGCUGGAAAGCACGAUAUCCAAGAAGGAACCAGCACAUAUGACUUGGAGAUUGCACUCAACUAUGGACAAGCUACAGGAGCUGCGCCUUUGCUGCGUUUCGUGACCGAACACACUGAGAUCAUCCACACCCCUCCUUACUCCGAUUGGCAAUGUACUUUGACUGCCGGCAGCACUUAUGCCUGGGACACUGCGCUCCGCUUGCUGUGCGAGCGAGGUGACUAUAUUCUUAUGGAGGAGUAUACCUUCGCCAGUGCAGCUGAGACUGCUUUCCCCCUAGGCCUGAAGGCUGUUGGUAUCGCCAUGGACGAGCAGGGUUUGCUUCCCGAGUCAAUGGACGAGAUCCUCAGCAACUGGGAUGUCAAUGCCCGUGGUGCCCGCAAGCCCCACGUUCUGUACACUAUCCCGACAGGUCAGAACCCCACUGGUGCCACCCAGUCCGGUGAUCGCCGCCGCGCUGUCUACAAGGUUGCUCAGAAGCACGAUGUGAUCAUCGUCGAGGAUGAGCCCUACUACUUCCUGCAAAUGCAGCCAUACGUGGGCGAGGACGCCAAGCCCGUUCCUCCUCCCGCCACCCACGAAGAUUUCAUUAAGUCUUUGGUUCCUUCAUUCCUGAGCAUGGAUGUCGACGGCCGUGUCGUUCGCUUGGAGUCUUUCUCCAAGGUUGUCUCCCCCGGCUCUCGUGUCGGUUGGAUUGUCGCCUCGGAACAGAUUAUCGAGCGCUUUGUUCGUAACUUCGAGGUCUCUUCGCAGAACCCCAGUGGUAUUGCUCAACUCGCACUCUUCAAGCUUCUCGACGAGCACUGGGGUCACUCUGGAUACCUCGAUUGGUUGAUUAACCUGCGCAUGUCCUACACUACCCGUCGUGACUCGCUUGUUCAUGCAUGUGAGAAGCAUCUGCCUCGCGAGAUCGCUCACUGGGAGGCACCUGCAGCAGGCAUGUUCCACUGGAUCAAGGUUGACUGGCGCAAGCACCCUGGCGUUGCUGCCGGCAAGAGCCACGCUGAGAUUGAAGAAGAGAUCUUCCUGUCUGCCGUCGAUUCUGGUGUCCUGCUCUCCCGUGGUAGCUGGUUCAAGCCCGACCACGACACUGCCGAGGAAAACAUGUUCUUCCGUGCCACUUUCGCAGCUGCUUCCUCCGAGAAGAUUGACGAAGCUAUCUCGCGCUUCGCUGGCUCUUUGCGCACCCAGUUCGGGCUUUAA